UGUUCUGUUUAUCUUUCAAAAGGGGGUUAGAUUUAAAUUUUUUUUAUUGAACAUUAAGAAAAAACGUGUCAUUGUUACUUCAGUAAUUGGCGGGUGAGGCUAAAAAAAAAGUUUGGAGCUUACGAAAAAGUUUUUUUCUAGUAAAAUUAAAGAAAAUAAAGCAUCAAAUAAAAUACACAAAAACAGAAGAAAACGUGACCUUGUGCUUAAAAGAUAAAACCGCAUAAAAUAAAGUAAAAAAGAAAAUAAAACUUAAAUGAAAAAGUGCCCGUCUUUAGAGAUUUGAUACAGCAUCACGAAAAAUAAAAAAACAAAAGCUAACUUUUAAAUUUGUUUAAAAGAAAAAGAAGAUAAAAAAUAAAUAAAUUUACACAAUACUUAAAUAUAGAAAAAAAAAAACAUUAAAAAAUGGAUGAACUCAAAUCACUUCUAGAAAAUGCAGAUCCUUUUCAAACCUGGUGGCCUGCAAUAGCGGCCCUUGUGGUCUGUGUUAUAGUUAUAAUACGCACCUUAAUGAGCGGUCAACGCUGUCCAAACGACAAUCAAAUUAAGGAUCAAAUUGUAAUUAUAACGGGUGGCAAUACUGGCAUUGGCUAUGAAAUAGCUAAAGCUUUGGCUGGACGUGGUGGGCGCAUCAUAUUGGCCUGUCGCAAUAUGCAAGAAGGUGAAAAGGCGGCUAGAGUCAUUAAACGUGAACUAGGCUGUACGGUUAUAGUGCCAAUAAGACCUAAACUACCACAAGAUGACAAUAGUGAAAAUACAAAUACGAAUACAACAACAGCUUUAGUAACACAAUCAACUAAAAUGAAUGAAAAGUUCUUUGUGGAAGUACGUUAUUUGGAUUUACGUUCCUUUGAUAGUGUCCAUCGUUUUGCACGUAACAUAACGAGCGAAUUUGAACGAGUCGAUAUACUAAUCAACAAUGCCGGUGUCAUUUUCGCACCAUCACACAUAACGACAAUCGAUGGCUUUGAGCAGCAUUUACAAGUCAAUUAUUUGUCACAUUUCUUGCUCUCCCACCUGCUGUUGGGUCAUUUGCGAAAGUCGGAAAAUGGACGCAUAAUAAAUGUAACGGCUCACGCGUAUGCAGCUGGUAAAAUGGAUUUUGAUGAUCCAUUAAAUGUGGGCACUUGGUCAGUACAGUUUCAUGCACGCGAUGCUUUUUCACAUUCCAAAUUGGCAGUACUUUUGGCAACACGUUGGAUGGCCAGAAAAUUAAAGGAAACUUCAAUCACCGUAAAUUGUUGUACACCUGGUUUGGUACGUGGUACCUCACAUUUGAGAAAUUCACCACUUAUGUCGUCCAUUUGUGUUAAAUUGAUGACUUUACCCUGGAUGUGGCUGUUCAUGAAAAAUCCCUACGAGGGUGCACAAUGUGCCAUACGUUUGGCAACGGAUCCACAAUUGAAACAAGUAACCGGCGAAUACUUCAAUGAUUGCGAAAUUGCUGCUACCAUAGGUUUAGCCCAAGAUAAGGAAUUGGCCAAGAAAUUAUACAUGCAGACCAUACAAGUCCUGAAAAAAGUUACAAAAAUGGAAAUUGAUAAAGCAGCAACAGAAGAUGAUGAUGGCCAUAUCACCGACACUCAAGAUGAUGAGGUAGAAGCUUUACAAGCGGAAGUUGCCAUUAAAAACAAAUUACAAUAGAUCUACAA